GCCUGAUACUAAAUGCCAUUUUCUGACGCUGUGCUACUGUACCAGCCUGGCUGAUUCCCUGUGAGGAGCCAGAUUCCCGCCCGGAAUGCUCAUCAACGAUUCAAUAAAUAUAACAUUUCCGGACAGGCAAGACAGUCGUCACCUACCCGUCUAGGUGGAGGUGAAGCGCAUGCGCAGAAGCCUCAGGAACCAGCUGUGGUGAAUACGCAUGAGCACCAGGAAGAGGAGACGGAAUGGCAGUGAAGAAGAUGGCCACAUCCCACAGACAAAGCGUAGUACCAGAAAUGCCGUCCUUCAGGACUCUUGGGAUACUGAGAAGGUGCCUGUAACGAAAAACUGUAAGGAAAGCAGACUAAAAGAAAACAAAGUGUCCUGUGCGUCCUCCAGCAGUGAUAGCAGCAGCAGUUGCAGUAGCAGUAGCAUCAACAGCCCUGACAGAGGAAGUGGUCCAGAAACCAGCUUAAACCAGAUAAUUGCAGCAUCCAGUCCUAUCACCCCCCCAUCCUUCCAUGAGCAGUCUGCACUAAGUCAAGGUCCUUACUUCCACAUCAACCAGAUCCUGAAGGAGGCACACUUUCACAGCUUACAGAACCGUGGACGCCCACCUACAUGAUGAACCAGCAGUUCCUUGCCUUCUGUGAAGGGACAGCACUGUGUAGAUUUGAUAUUUCAACUUAAAGUUUGUUAAAAUGAAAUUGCACAAAACGCCUGUUGCCUUUUCAGUCUAUAUUUGAAAUAACAGGUUAACAGGAAAUUGUUUACUUGUGGUUUGCUGCACUAUUGCAAUGCAAAAGGGGCUUUGAAGCAAUUUUUAUAGGAUUAUUUUUUGGGGUUGGUAUCAAAUACAUGUACGAUGAGUCUGGGAAACCCACAUCUGUAUUAUAGGUGUGCAUAAUCUGUUUGUUAGCAACUGUUGCUUUAUGUAAAGUCCUUUCAAACGUCCAUCUUCAGUUUUAUAAAUCUUUUUUAAUUUCAAUAAACUAGUGAACAAGUUUC